AUGGAGGUCGACGACGACUGGAGCAAGGACUUCGAGGAUGGCGCCGGCUUCAGCACCAGCACCUUCGCCGGCAAUGCCUCCGUCGGCACCGCGCACACCAGCAUUUCCUCGCGCUUGAGCGUCCACUCCGAGUCGAUUGCCGGCGGUGACGACGAUUGGAACCUGGUCAUCGACGCUGCCGACGAGAGCAAGGCGAUACAGUCGGCGAAGCACGCAGGCAUCCCACUGCCGAGCAAUGUACCCACGAGCGCGCUUUUAGGCGGCACAAUCAAGCGAUUAGGAAAGAAAAAGUCGAGGCAGCGACUGAAUGAUGACUGGGAAAACGACCUCGACAUGUCGGAUGGUGCGCCGCUCAAGCUCAAGCCGCGCGCUCAGAAUCCACCUCCAGUCACGCCAGGCGAGGAGCACGACGACUUCGAUGAGCUGGAGGGCAGUCUGGGUAUACGCUUCGCUGGCACCAAACGCGACACACGAAUGCGCAGCUCAUCUGCUUCUGCGAUGAGCCCGAGUCUGGGAUCGGUCACGGCAGAGAGCGAGCAGGAUGACUUUGGCGGAUUGGAGCUACCGGAAGGCCCAAUGGACUUUGAAGCACGACUUAAGAAGCGGCAUGCGGCGGAUGCUGAACUCUCCGAUCUAUCUCAGCCCAGCCCUGCGAUCGACCAAGAGCCUACGAUGAACGUCCACAAGAAAUCGAAGCAUGCCGCCGAGGAGAAUGACGACUACAUCAACGACUUCGACCUGCCGAUGGGAGAUGCGUUUGAGCUCCGCAAGCGCACCGUCAACAAGAACAUCCAGGUCAAGAGCAAAAAGCCAGCGAUACCUGCGCAGCGACCAGCCACCACGGUCAACUUUCACGACAAGCCCACAGACAAGCCUACCCACACUCGCUCUCAUAUCCCCAGGCCGGUAUCCGGUUCGAGACCCGGAGCGUCGCGACUCGAGCCUGUCUUCGAGUCAGGCGCAUCACAGAAUGCAUCUGCUCGACGGCAGCCAACAACGACGAGCGCCCAGCUUCUUAAGUCGAAGCGGUCAGCGCCUCUUCUGAGGACUCAGCCGUCGGCACCUCAGAUGUAUCGAGGGCCUGGCGGAUCCAACAACCAAAACCAGCCCCCGACAGGUCACAGGGCAAUGCCAUACCACAUGCGGCGAGAGUCGGACCCUCGACGUGCAGGCGCACAGUCCCCGGAGCCUAGGCCGCAUUCUCGGCUUUCGAAUGUCGUAGCCCCCGAUACUCCUUCGCGUGGCUCGAGAGAGCGGCAAGACCUGGCACCAGCUGCUCUGGCUCGAGAGGCGGCGGCAAAGCGUACAGUGACCAAGCCGGCACGUCGGCGCAACUACGGUGACGGCAAUGAGCUUGAGAUUUUUGACGACUUGCCUACCUCUACUACGAAGGAGAGCAAAUACGUCAAGCAGCCGAUUGCACGAGGUCCUCCGAAGCAAGGACUCCGGCAGGUGCCAAGUCGAGCAGAUAUACGGGAUCCGGUCAAGCGUAACAUCACACCAGGGCCACCCAGAACACCAGCCAGUCCCACGAAAGGCUUCCACGAUGCUCCAAUGAACACACCAAGCUAUCUGAGAGACACAGCCGCGAGCAGAAUAGCUAGAGAGACAAGGCUCGGCAACAACAAUCCCAGACCUAGGAGUGAGGGUCCGCUUCAGCCACUGACCACAAAUUGGAAGGCACAAGUUGCGGCAAGAAGUCCGCACACCAGUCCGAGCGCACAAAGACAGAAGACGAAGCGAACAGCGCCGCAGCUUAUUAAGGGUAUUGGUGCGCAUGUGGCGAAGACGGAGAAAGAUAUGAUCUACAACCCGAUGACCAUGCGCUGGGAAGGCAACGAGAACACACUACAGCACUUCGACAUGCCACCACCUCUCGAAACCCCGACACCAACAGGUCGCGAACAGACCUCCUACAUGGACCGCCACCACGCCCCCUCCGCCUCACCUCCCCGACCCGCCCUCAUCGCCCCCAUGUCCACCACGAACGGUGUCCAAGUCAACGGCGGCAUGGUCUUCGACCCGCGCCAAAUGAAAUGGCUCAAACUGAAAGAAGGCCGCGACAUGUCCGGGCCCCUCUCCCCCUCCAUCACCGACGGCGAAGAGGAAGACGCAUUCGCCGGCAUCGCGGAUCUCAAAGACGACUUCUCCCCCGCGCCCGGUGGCGGUGCAGCCGGGAUGGCUAGUCCGGUGUCCAUGGCCGCGGCGCCAGGAGCGGGAGAGAUCCACGAGGAGUUCGAUCUCGGACCGAAGUUCAUCGAGACGCAGCAGGCGGAAGAGGCGAUUUGGCGGAAGCGGUGUGCGGCGUGGUUUGUGGAUGGGGAGCCCAGGCCGGAUGAUGGGAGGUGGAGAUGGGCGAUUCGCGAUUUGGCUGCUGGGGAUGAGAUGGGGAGGUUUUGA